AUGGCGGAGUUUGACCUCAACGUCGCGCUGAAAGCGUACCUGGACGACCCGCAGACCAUCCUGACCGCUGAGGCGGAUCCGGCGCUGGUCGACUGCGAAGGCGAUCCAGAUGCCUACACUCCCGGCCUCAUCAACAGUGUGCUGAACGACAUUGCCAACGCGAUCGGCGAGAGUCCAGAAGCCAUCAGCCAAACAUCCGCGCAGGACAGCAUACAGUUUCUUCUAAAACAAGCUUCAUACAUUCCCGCGACCUCGUUGGGGAGGGUAGUCGAUAUCGUAAUCAGCGGCUUGGGCGCAGAGGCAGAGAUUGUGCAUCAUGAAGAGCAGGAAGGCGAGACGGAAACGGAGCAGCACAAAGUCAUCUUGGAGACCUUCGCCUUUCUCCUACAGUGGUGUAUUGCUGCUGUAGAGGCCAAGAGCGCAGAAAAGUCGUCUGCGGCUCCAGCUGCCAGAGGCAAGGGUACAAAGGGCGCAAAGAGCAAGGCGAUCGCGCAGAAGGACGGAAAUUGGGACCCGACAACUCAGCUGCAAUCGGCGCUCGACACCAUGACGAAGGUGAUGAAGCUGAAAUUAUCCCGAGUCUUCGUCACCACGAGCGAGAGAGACACCUUCAUUGGACUGUUCACGAGAUCCGCCUACCUAAUUCUGGAGAGCGAGGCAAGAGUGAAGAACACCGCCAUCCGCAUGCACGUGUUCAAAGUUCUCUGCGUUGCCAUCAAGCAUCACGGCCACGCCUACGGAGCGCAGACGAGCAUCAUUCAGAACUUGACCUACUUUGAACACCUGGCAGAGCCCAUGGCGGAGUUCUUGAACAUCCUCGCCGAGCAAUACGACUAUCCCCAGCUCGCAGAAGAGGUUAUGAAGGAGCUUUCGAGCAAGGAGUUCUCCGCCAACGACACCAGAGGUCCCAAAUCCGUGUCCACGUUCGUGGCCCGAUUCUCCGAACUCGCUCCACGAGUGGUGCAAAGACAAGUGACGUAUCUCGCCAAGCUUCUGGAGAGUGAGAAUUACACGCUGAGAUGCGCCAUCAUCGAGGUGUGCGGGAACUUGAUUGCCAUGCUCAGUCGUGUCGAAGAGGGAGACCGGGGCGAAAAUCACAAGGGCCAGAUCAAUGCAUUCUUCGACGUGCUGGAGGAGCGAUUCUUGGAUGUCAAUCCGUACUGCAGGUGCAGGGCCCUUCAAGUCUACGUCAAGCUAUGCGAUCUCGAAACCAAAUACCCAAAGAGAAGACAGGCGGCUGCCGAACUGGCGACGAGAAGUCUGGAGGAUAAGAGCAGCAACGUCAGACGGAAUGCAAUCAAGCUACUCGCAAGACUGAUCGCAACGCACCCAUUCUCUGUCCUUCACGGCGGCCUGCUCAGCUACCGAGACUGGAGCGACAGACUGGAAGCCUGCGAGACGGAACUCAACGCGCUCAAACCACCAGCAGGCACGCCAGGACUGGCCGAGCGGACGGUGGCAGACGCUACAGUUGACGAGAGCCUUCUUGACGACGCUACGCAAGCCGAUGCUCAGCCCGAUGGCAAGCCCGCGAUGACAGAGGAGCAAAGGAUGGCCGCUUUCCAGAAAGCACAAGAAGAGGCUGCGACUGCGGAAGCAAUGAACAAGCUUCAACUGACUCGGCGGUACUACAUCGAAGCGAUUCGGUUCAUUGAGAGCCUGCAUGAGGCUGCGCCGCAAGUCACGCAGCUGCUGGCUUCGAAGAACAAGAGUGAAGUGAUCGAAGCCAUGGACUUCUUCGUCGUCGCGGAUGCAUACUCUCUCGAGCCCGCGAAAGCUGGUAUUCGCCGGAUGCUGAAGCUCAUCUGGACCAAAGGCAACAGUGAUGAAGGCAAGGGUGUCCAGACUCAUCUCAUCGAAUGCUACCGCGGGCUCUUCUUCGACGCGCCUGGUGAUUUCUCGGCAAAUGAUGCGGCGAAUUACAUCGCACGCAACAUGAUCAGUCUAACCUUUGGAGCGACACCUGCCGAGCUGACCAGCUUGGAGCAGCUGCUGGCGACCAUGAUGAAGGAGAAAGCGGUCAACGACCUCGUCAUACAAAAGCUCUGGCAAGUUUAUGGAGUGCAGAAGAAGGAGAUCAGCAAGUCGCAGCGACGGGGCGCGAUCAUCGUCUUGGGCAUGCUUGCUCUGGCGGAGCCCGACACCAUUGUCAGAGAGAUGGAAACGUGCCUACGCAUUGGUCUCGGAGCCAUCGGUCGGAGGGACCUGAUCCUCGCUCGCUACACUUGCAUUGCCUUGAUGCGCAUGACGAACACCAAGCCAUCGAAAGGAGUGGAGGGAAAUGCGAGCACGAGGCUGCCGAACGACCACGCCGUGUUGGUCAGACUUGCGGGUCUGAUGGAGGUGCAAAGCGACAGCCCCGACUGGUAUGGUCUCGCAGAGCAGGCGAUCGGUGCCAUCUACAAUCUUUCGAAACACCCAGACGUAUUGUGCUCUGAGAUCAUCAGGCGGAAGACAAAGGCUGUUUUUGCUGUCACCAGAGCGCCAACGCAGGAACCCGAGCCAGAGACGAGCCAGCCGGACAUAGACGGAGACAUUGAGAUGAGCGAUGGACCAAUCGAACCCGAAGCACCAGCACCGCAGGCUACUGCUGCAGACGAGUCGGCGGGAUCGGCAGUAGCGCUUUCGCAGCUGCUUUUCACCGUCGGUCACGUUGCACUCAAGCAAAUUGUCCAUCUCGAGCUUUGCGAACAGGACUUCAAGCGGCGAAAAGCAGCAAAAGAAAAGGCCAACCCCCCGCCAUCAGCGACUAAGGCAAAUACAAAGACGUCAAGUGCGAAGAAGGGUGACGGACAGAAGGAAGAGCCAACUGCGGAGGAAGAGCUCGACCUGAUCGGCGGCACGAGCGAGGACGACUUCACCGACGCCAUCGCGCACAUUCGCGAGCGAGAGCUGCUGUACGGCCAGAACUCCCUGCUCAUGAACUUCGGGCCAUUGGUGAAGGAAGUGUGCAGCAACAACACCUCCUAUCCGAACGCGGAGCUUCAGGCGCAAGCGGCGCUUUGCAUGGCGAAGUUCAUGUGCGUCAGCUCGGAGUACUGCGAAGCGAACCUCAACCUCUUCGUCACCAUUCUCGAGCGCAGCCCGAGCGCCAUCACGAGGAGCAACUUGGUUGUGGCAUUAGGUGACAUGGCCGUCUGCUUCAACCACCUGAUCGACGAGAACACCGACUUCCUGUACCGGCGCCUCUCCGAUUCGAGCUUGCAGGUGAAGCGGACAUGUCUCAUGACGCUGACGUUCCUCAUCCUCGCCGGCCAGGUGAAGGUGAAGGGCCAGUUGGGAGAGAUGGCGAAAUGCAUGGAAGACAACGACGAGCGCAUCCGCGAGAUGAGCCGGAUGUUCUUCGCCGAGCUGGCGGGCAAGGACAACGCCGUCUACAACCACUUUGUCGACAUGUUCAGCUUGCUGUCGGCGGAAGAGGGGCUGGAGGAGGACAAGUUCCGCCGCAUCAUCAAGUUCCUUGCCAGCUUCAUCGAGAAGGACAAGCACGCGAAGCAAUUGGCGAGUAAGUUGGCUCCCCGGCUGGCACGGGCGGAGAGCGAGCGGCAGUGGAAUGAUGUGGCAUUCGCGCUUGGCUUGCUGCCGCACAAGAAUGAAGAGAUUCAGAAGCUGGUGGGCGAGGGGUGUAAGUUGGUGGAGGCUGGAGCAUGA